CGCUAUCUAUUUUCCUCAAUUAAAUAACUUACUUAAUUCUUCCGAUGAAACUCGUGUAGAAGGAGCUGUUUACUGCUUUUCGCUUAUAUGCGAAGAUGUUAACACCAAAUUAAACCAAGAAGAUAUUUAUUCUUCUCAAAAAGUUUUACACGAUAAUCUUCAGCUUUUACUUCCGAGAUUUAUGCAGUUGUGCACCCACGUUCGGCCACGCGUCCGUUUCCUUGCUUUGGAAUCGGUGUUGCACUUUAUCUCUGGAAAUGAACUUCCCCCCAUUUUGUUAAAAAAUUUAUCUUCUUUUGUGCAAGUUUUGUUCCAAAUGGCAUCCGACUCAGACACUUCUAUCCGAAUUGCCGUGUGCAAAGCAUUCGCAAAAUCUGUUAAGUCUCUUGCAAAACACUUUUCUUCUCUGGAUCGCAUUUUUGAAUUUAUGCUUAAUAGCUUGCAAGAUGCUUGCGAAGAAGUGGCUCUCGAGGCUGGGGAAUUCUGGUUGGCUCUGGCGGAGUUUCCGGGUGAACAACUUUUGUUAUGGGUGAAACCAUUUCUACCGCAACUUGUAGCUGCUUUGUUAAAUGGAAUGCGAUAUUCCGAAGAGGACAGAAUUUUUUUCAAAGCGGAUGUCGAAGAGGAUUACAUGUGUCCUGACGACAUUCGUUCUAUACGUCCCAAAUCAGCCAAACACAAGCUUCAGUUUUCUCAUAUGAGCCGCGAAGACUUCGCUUUCCAGCAGGAAGAGGAGGAUGAAGUGAGUGACGCCGAAGAUGCCGACGAGCUUUCAAAGUGGAAUCACCGCAAAUGCUGCGCAGCUACUCUUGAUCUCAUGUCAUUGUCUUUGCAAGGACAUAUGCUAGAGCCCCUCAUGCCUCUGAUAGCAAAAGAACUCGAACAUUCUCAGUGGGACCACGUGGAGAGCGCCAUCUUAGCACUGGGCGCCGUAUCUGAAGGCUGCAUAGCUGAACUUGAAGGGCGUUUAGAACAAGCAAUUCCGUAUCUUUCAAAGUUUUUGAAACACCAGAAAGCGCUUGUGCGGUCCAUUACGUGCUGGACGCUUUCCCGCUACGCUUCUUGGAUUAUUCCUCGUCAGCACUACUUUGAGGGCGUCCUCAGCGGCUUGCUGGACUGCCUAUUAGACAGCAACAAGCAUGUGCAGGAAUGCGCUUGCAGCGCGCUUGCCACUAUCGAAGAGGAAGCCACCACUUUAUUGGUUCCUUAUCUUCAUCCCAUUUUAAAGCACAUGGUUUCUGCGCUAAACAAGUAUCAGCGGAAGAACAUGCUGAUUUUGUACGACGCUAUUGGCACGCUUGCGGAGUGCGUUACGUCACACUUAAAUACUCCCGAGUACUCCCAACUUCUUCUUCCGCCGCUCAUCUCCCAUUGGGGGGAAUUCACCGGCGAAGAGAACUCUCUUUUAGCCUUUUCCGAGUGCCUGUCGUCCGUCAUUAUCGCCUUCGGUGUGGAGUUUUUACCUUUUGCUGAAGUUGUCUUUGUGAAGUCCCUCAAGCUAGUUGAGGCUAUAUUGCUAUCUCGAAAGACGGCCCAGCAAAAUUCCUUGGUGGUUCCCAUAGAUAUGGGUUAUGCUAUAGCAUUACUGGACCUGGUCAACUCUUUGCUUGAAGGACUGGGCUCUCGUAUUGAACCUUUGGUGGCCAAUAGCACUCUCGUUUCUCUUCUGCAUGAAUAUCUUCUGGAAAAGAACUUUGACCUCCUGCAUACCGGCUUUGCGCUGCUGGGCGAACUUGCGCGCACGUGCUAUGGGCAAAUUCGACCAACACUCUCUGCUUUUCUGCCGGUCAUUGUUAGCAAUCUUAAUCCGGCUGCCCACAUUGGCGUGUGCAACAACUCGUGCUGGGCGCUCGGAGAACUCGCCAUUCAAAUGGGCGCUAACCACGACGUACGUUUUUUCGAGCCGUUUGCUCAAGAGGUUACUACGCGAUUGAUUAAUAUGUUGCUCGACGGCUCUCUUACGGUCUCGCUCCACGAAAAUGUGGCGUUAACGAUUGGCUGUUUGGGCCUCGUUUGCCCCAGUUUGCUCGCAAAUGUUCUGCCGGAGUUUCUCUACGAUUGGUGCAGGGCGGUGUAUAUUUCUCAAGAAGGAGAUCAAAAAGUUGCUAGUUUUAAAGGUCUUUGCCAAAUUCUCAUUAUGAACCCUGACGGUUUCGGCAAAAAUUUGGACACAUUCAGCCAAGCUAUCUUAAGUUGGUCAAGACCGCCCUCUGAUUUGCUGAAUUGCUUUCAUAAGACGUUGCACGAACUGAAAAACCGAAAUUUAGCAAACUGGCAAAAAUAUUUUUCUGCCUUGCCUCCUCCAUUGCAAACCAGAUUGGUUGAAAUUUACUCAUUAUGAAAGCGCAUUGGUCUAUUGGAAGUUCAACAAUGGCUUUUAACCAAUGAUAGUCUUGAAGGAAAAGAGAAUUCCAAAACUAUUUUUUUGUUGU